GUUACAGCUUCCACUCAGCUCCUCUGUGGCUUUCUGACCCGACCUACAUCAACGACGAGCCUAAGACGAGUGGGAUUGAGCCCAGGCAUUACCUAAUUAUCUUUUGAUACGGAGUACUUUGAUACCACAUCACUCAGUGUACUGUCCUCGCGAUCUGAUCCACUCCCUUGCUGCUUUUAAGAGCGCGUCAAGCUUUGUUCUGGGGAGCUUCAGUUGAAUCCUACUCACACCCUCGUUGUAAUUCUUCAAACCUCUUCUUGCUCCGAGAACCCAGUUUCUCGCGAUCACAGACGUGGUUAAGGAACGUCGCGCAUUAUGGCGACCUGGACUCCCAAAGUUAUGUCACCGGACAAGCUAUCUGCUAAGGAGUUCAAACAUUUGCUCUCGGAAUACGAACCUCUCAUCGAGUUCAUUUCAUCCACCAAAGGCGCCAAGCCUGGCCAAAAGACCCUGAAAGAAUUGGACCACUUCCGAUUUGUUGAGGCCCCGACACAGUUUUCUGAGUAUGAGCCGAAGCGUGUGAUGGACCAUGACGACGUCAAACUCCUAGUGGAAUGGAAGCUCCGUCAUGGGACAUUCCGUCCAACGCUCAUGAAAUUGGUGUCAUCCAACGAGUCUUCGACUGUUGCGAAGACUAUCGAGGACGCCAUUGCGAGCUAUCAAAGUACAUCGGACCUUUCAGCGGCUUUGGGUAUCCUGACCAAGUUGAAGGGCAUCGGUCCCGCGACAGCUUCGCUUCUUCUCGCGGUACACUUUUCUGAGAAAGUCAUGUUCUUCUCCGACGAGGGAUACUACUGGAUGUGCAACAAUAACCAAAAAACAUCACUCAAGUACAACAUGAAGGAGUACGAGUCUCUCAACAUACAAGUAGAAAAGCUCACCAAAAGACUCAACGUGUCUGCCCUUGACGUGGAGAAAGUAGCCUACGUCAUUUUCCACCAGGAAGGAGUUGAUCCCAAGCUGGCGCUCAAACGCAGCCUCUCAAAGGCUACAAAGACGGCCGCUCCGCAGACAAAAGCGACAGCACCGGAAAAAAGAAAGAAGAGCCCCGAAGAUGUAGUCGAGGACAAGAUGCCAGUCAGAAGAUCGAAACGCGGGAAGGCUGUGUAA